CCUAUGGCCCAUGCCUCAAAUUCCCAUUCAGGAUCCUCUAGCUCAGAAGACAGCAAGACAUCAUUGAGAGCUGACCACAUGGCUGCCAGGGAUUUGGCAGUGGGAACGAUCUUCCUGAUACAGACAGUAUUUGGAAUCCUGGGAAAUUUCUCUCUUCUUUACCAUUAUCUCUUCCUAUAUUGCACUGGGUAUAGGCUGAGAACUAUAGAUUUGAUUGUCAAGAAUCUGAUUGUAGCCAACAUCUUUGUUCUGUUGUCUAGCGGAUUCCACAGUACAGUGAGAAAUUCUGGGUGGCACCACAUGGACAGUGAUUUUGUGUGCAAAUUUUUCCCGUAUGUUCGUGAAGUGAGCAAGGGAGUGUCCAUUGGCACCACCUGCCUCUUGAGUGUCUUCCAGGCCAUCACCAUCAGUCCCCGGACUUCCAGGUGGGCAGAGCUCAGAGUGAAAGCUCAGCAGUUGGUUUUCCCUUCAAUCAUCCUGUGCUGGAUGGUGAACAUGCUGGUAAAUGUCGUGUAUCCUCUGUACAUGACUGGGAAUUUGAACAACAUGAGCAUCACAGACAGAAAAGCUUUUGGACACUGUUCUGCUGUUCGUCAUGACCAAACCGGAGACUCAUUAUAUGCAGCGUUGAUAUCAUUCCCUGAUGUCUUAUGUUUUGUGGUCAUGGUCUUGGCCAGUGGCUGCACGGUUUUCACCCUGUACAGGCACAAGCAGAGGGUCCAAAACAUUCAUAGGAUCAGCGUCUCCUCCAUCUCCUCCCCUGAGUCCAGAGCCACCAAAACCAUCCUUCUCCUCGUGAGCACCUUUAUCUACUUCAACUCCCUUUCUGUCAUCAGUAAUAUUAUUUUCUCUGUUUUUGACAGUAUUGAUGUUUUCUUUUUGAAAACUUCUGCAAUAAUCAUUGCAUGUUUCCCGACUAUCAGCCCCUUUCUGAUUAUGUGUCGUGACUCCAGGAUGUCCAGGCUCUGUGCUGCGGGGAUAGGGCAUCCAAAACCUUCUACCCUUAAGAGAAAGAUGCAAAUUGUACAUAUUUGCACUAUAUUCAUUUGGUGA